AGAUUGCAAGGAACCAUUGCGUCUCGGCAUGGAAAAUGGUGAGAUCUUGGACGCACAAAUUACCGCUUCAUCGGAAUGGGCUAGCAACCAUGGCGCAGAAAAUGCAAGACUGAACCUACGCCGGCCAGGAAAUAGUUACGCGUGGGUUCCAAGGACGGCCUCUGGAUCAUGGCUGCAAGUAGAUUUUGAACUUCAGGCAACAGUUUCUGAAGUAUUAACACAAGGACGAGGUGAUUAUCCCCAGUGGGUAAAAAGUUACGCUUUAUCCUACAGCAGUAAUGGUCGUGAUUUUCAUCCAUAUCGUCAAAAUGGAGUGGUGAAGGUAGUUGAAUUAAUUUUAUGUGUAAUUAUUUGUCUCUUUACCACUCAGAAUGAGAAUUUUUCCUAAACUGUUCUUAAUAUAAAAAGCCGGAUUCAAUAUUUUAUUGUUGCACAAAUGUACGAAUAUACGGUUACUGUGUUUGAAUAAAUAAGUUUUACAGUUCGAUCUUAUUUGUGGAGCGACAGGAUAUUACCAGUAAGAUACUUACUUAGCUUUUUUUUCUUGAAGUAUUAUCCUCUCUCUUUGAAGCCAAGUAGUUGCAGUGGCUUUCUAAAAAAAAAUGUUUAUAAGUCUUAAAAGCAAUUGAUUCAAAUUUGUUGACAUAUAUUUGUGUUGCGUUAGCAUAACACACAAGAAUGGUUUUGUGAUUUCGAUGCACGAUGAGAUCAAGAUCGUGAAGUUUCGAGAAAGUUAUUAUGUAAUGCGACGUCACAAUGAGGAUAAUUUACAUAUCAAUAUUGUCAAUAUCUCAAGAACGAAACGAGCUAAGAUAGUUUAGCAAACUAUCUUCUUUCGUACAUUUAAAUUUUGAUUGUAUAUGCAAUCAUAAAUAUGGUGUAAAAUGCAGGCAUUGUAAUCAUUGUAAUGAAAUCAUUGUGUCCAAUGAAAUCGUUGUAAUCAUUCAAAUCAUUGUACUGCAAUCAUAGGAAUGAUAUAAAAUUACGUUGCACAAGCACUUUAACUACGGAAUGUAGCUAAAACAUGGCAAUGUAUUGGGACUUAUCAUUGCGUCUAUAACAGAGGGUUAAAUUUCUGAAGGAAUUCCUAGGAUAAUAAUCCUCAGAAAGGGGGAAAUUCCUUGGAAUUUGGCUCUCACGGGAGCCUACAUCGUGCUCAAGAUUUUGAUUAAAUCCUUCAUAUUUUUCCUCAGGUGUUUUCAGCAAACAGAGAUCAAAACACAAUUGUGCGUCAGGAUAUUUCCCCUGUCAUCGUGGCUAGGUAUAUCAGAAUUCAACCGCGGUCAUGGCAUGGGAAUGUUGCACUCAGAGCUGAUUUUAGUGGUUGUCUGAAAGGUAAUACGAGUCAAACAUUUGAAUUGUUAAUGGGAGGGGCGAGAGCUUUAGUAAAGUGUACACGCGGAAAAACGCGCAAAUUAUGACAAACAGUAAACUAGACGAUUAGUUGUAACAAUGCUAUAUUUAUAAUGAUCAGGAAGUGUAUUGCUUGUUCCAAGUUGUUGUGACAAAUCCUGAACAAGUUGUUAUCACUUUGUUAAAAUGUUUAUGGCGGUAACAGACUUGCUACAAGGAAGAUAUAUAUGUGGGCAUUAUAUUCAUUCCUCACAAAACUCCUUAAGGAAACGUGGCAAAUCGGCAUGAUAUUGUUUCCAUGUACAACAACGACGACGACGGCGGCGGCGGCGGCGACGACGACGACGACGACGACGACGACGACGACCACAACAACAACAAUUUUAUUAAUAACUAUAAAUAUUUACAAUGACAAUCUAUCCGCAAAUAACAAAAGCUAAUCGAGGCGGACAGUUACAAAUAAUCACAUUAAAGAGAAAUAUAAGAGAUAUAAUAUUACAAGAGGUGAAAGAAUAAUUAUAAGAUGUCGUGUCGUUUUAAUGUUAGAUGUUUUCUUUUUGGAGAGCUUCAUUCCAGAAUUUGUUCCUAGCUGAAAUUACACUCCAUGCAGCUGCACAGUAAAAGGCUGCAGUAGUCGGUUCCGUCCAGUGACAUCAGUGGAUAUCUGCAGAAGUAGCCUACGUUCUUGGGCGCUGCAUGUAAAGCAAAAUAUGAGGCAAUUAAUAUGAUGUAUUCGUCAAUGUUAAAGCCAUAUAUUGAAGUUUCAAUUCAUUAAUCUAUCAACAUUUAUGGCAAAUUAAUUUGCUGGAUAUAGAUAUAUUUAUUAGGAUAUUCACAUCGUACCCCAAGGCUGAAUCGCUUAAUUGAUUUAUAAAUUUCAAAAAUAUUACAUAUAAAACAUCUAACAUUUAAUUAAUAAUAAACUGAUAGAAACGUCAUUGGUUAAAUCUGCGAAUUUAUGUAAAAUUAAAUAGCUGAAUAAGGGAAAGUUAACGAUAUAGCCCACACAUGACAUACAGAACUGUUUUGUGACAUCUAUCAGUAACCAUGUGUGAAAUUAUUAAAAACAUUUUUAACCCUAAAGAGAAGCUUGAGUGAUGGUUAUUUAAUUUAAUUUAAUUUAAUUUAAUUUAAUUUAAUUUAAUUUAAUGAUUGUUUUCUACAAAUGUCUUGGCGUCUUUGGAAAAGGUUGAAAGCGGUCCAAGAUUUUUUCAUAAAACUGUUCUGAUAAGAUAAUGGUCACCACUCUUCUUUCCACGCGUUCGAGGUCUUCGGCUGGAAGUGAAUGACUGAACACUUGAGGUUCUUUUAUUCCACACUUAUUGAAACUAUGUAAUGAACAUGCAUGUAUUUUGAUACAGGAUUAAUAUUAUUUUGGUAUUAUUUUUUGCCCAACAAUUUGUUAUUCUUUUUUGCACAGAGUUUCCAUGUGAGUCUAAACCAUGUGUGAAUGGUGGAACGUGUCUGGGUUACCAUGGCGACUAUCUUUGCAGUUGUACUGAAGGUUUUGCAGGGAAACACUGCGAGAUGAAUAUAGGUAUGACAUUACUGACUUUUCUAUCCGAAUUUACGCACGAAGGCGUAUGGGAAAAAUACGUGAGCAUGUGGUACAAAUAUAAUUUAACUUUAACCAAUACAAGAAUGUAUAUGUAUUAGUUUCUAAUAUAAUUUAGUAUUUUCCAGCAUAACUGUCUGAUUUCGAAAGUGUGUUACCUGUAACAAGAUAAAGGGCUGUAAACCGGGUGUCUCUAUUAUGAAAACGAGGAUGUAUGAUGGGACUGAACAUUUUCCUGUAGGGUGUAUUGCGGUUAACUGCAUGUUGACACAACUUGUAGACGGCUUAUUGGCAGAUUUGGUGCUUAAGAUGCGAAAUUUUUGUGUGUGUAAUAUAAUUGUUCUAUCUGCAUUCUGCACCCUGAACCACGGUUGCACAUCACGCGAAGUCUGUUUCGUUCAAAGGUCAAGCUGGCACAGAUUUAGCCGGAUUACUCUGAAAUUUUCUAUAAAGAUAUGCUAAUUUCCUGGGCUACAUUUUGUUUUGAUAAAAUUUGUCGUAUAAAUUCCCUAUAGUUCAAAAGAUAUCCGCACAGAUCUGUGAAAAUAACCAUAAAAUUUAACCUGCAAUUAAUAGUAAGUUAACCCUAUUAAUUAAGGAAAAUUAUUUCUACGUUAAGGCCCUGUCACACUAUUGCGUAUGAGAGAAACGUAUGAGAAGCGUAUGAAAAUUAAUGCAAUAAUUUUCAUUCGCACAAAAAUCCUUUGAAAUGCCAGCGUAUGAGUACCGUAUAUCUGGCGUACCUCUAGUGUAUUCAGCGUGUGCCUAUAGAAUAUGCUUACCCUAUAAAGCAUACGGCCAAUACGCACAAAAUUUUUGAACAUGCUUAAAAAAAUUUUUCUGCCUUGCCGUAUGCCAGCGUAUGCCACCGUACGCGACCGUGUUUGAAACGUAUACAACCAAUGCCUAACGUACCCCUAGCGUAUGUCAGCGUAUAUCAGCGUAUCAGUGAUAUUUUUCAUACGCUGGCAUACGCUAGUACGAUACGCAAUAGUGUGACAGGGCUUUUAACAAAGAACAUUUUGACUGCAAGAGGCAAGAGCGUUUUUGGAGUGUAGCUAUGUAGGCUAUAAAUUUUUUACAUAUACUUUAUUGAAACUGGUUUGAAAUGUAAUGCGGCCGAGUAUUUUAUGUGUUUGGUAAGAUCACGCCAUUCUGAUACUGUACAGGGUGACAAAAAGAGACCUUUAAAAUGAAGCUAUUGUUGGAAUUUGAAUGCAAAGCACUACGCUGAACCUACGGGUGCGUAAAACAGAAUGGAAGUGAAUAUUAUGCGUGACGUCACUUUAAUUUGGUUUCGUCCAACAUAUAUGAACAUGGACGUACCGGGCGGUGGGGGGGGAGGCGGCAGCCCCCCCCCCCAGUUUGUUGGGCAAACAAAGCCAGUCGGGCAAUACUCGCUCCACUGUCGGGCAAUAUUGGCUUAUUAUAAAAAUAAAAGGGACAAAUUCUGUCAAUUUUGUGGAAAAUUCUGUCAAUUUUGUGAUCAAUUUUGUGAUGUCUGGAAAAUUUGUAUGAUGUUCGGAAAAAUUUUGGUUUGUCCGAAAAAUUACUGGACCCCUUAAAUGGUACACUGACCGAAAUUUUUUGGUCGCCAAAAAUAAUUUGUUCCGGAAAAAAAUUUUCGGCACUGGUCGGGCACAAUCCGAAAAAGUCGGGCAAAUUUCUUUCCGCCCCCCUAAUUUUUUCCUUCCGGUACGCCCAUGUAUAUGAAUUAUGUGCUCAUUAAUUUAACGUUGCGCGUAAAACACUCAGUAAAAGCUCGUUGCUAUGUGGUCAGUUGAACCAUUUCUAAUCGAACUGAUGAUGUGAUCAAUUAGUAAUUUGACAAUUGUUUUGCAGUAACGCGCCCUCGUGCGGUUAGAAGCUAUAUUAAAUUCCCAGGAGCAUAAAAUCUUUGUGCUUAACAACAAUAGUUUGAUUUCUAAAGGUCGAGUUCUUUUAUACACUUUAUAAUUAUUACAAAUGUAAUUACUGCAAUUAAUUUGAAAAUAAUAACCAACUUCCUUUUGUUCAGAGCUUUGUAUACCUAAAAAAUGAGCGAGAUGGAUGAAGACCUUUCAACUGAAGAGAAAUAAAAUAAUUGUGAUAAACUUAGUAUUGAUUAAUUAUGAUUACCUAGAUCUAGAUUUACUGUGGAAAAGAAAUGGAAUUCAAU